AUGUAUAUUGAAGACGUUGCAGAGUUCGCACGUGUUCUCUUGACAACCACUGAAAUGACGUAUGGGUACGGCUGGCAGCCCAUCACUGUAAAUUGUCCAGGGGCGCUUCUGUAUCUUCGCUAUCGGGACAUAGGGCUAACACUGAUUCGAGACCCGGAAGGCGGACAGCCUCAUCUGAACGAGUUCAAAAUUCCUGAAAUUAUCUUUGAUCCAAGCUUGGCUCUGAGUCCGCAUGUGACCUUGCUUAGUAUGCUCUUCCAUGUUGAUGGAUUCAAGCGAUUUUCGAACACCGGGCCAGUGUUGGAUUCUCCAGAGAAACUAUAUAGCCUUAGGCCACUGCUUUUGAAAGAUGAGUUACUGGAUAAGUUUGUGUUCUGCCAGGUACAACGUGAACCUACUGGGUAUCGACUUGUCUUGGAGGAGAGUAUAAUAAGUUGCAUGAUAAGAUCCCGGAUGUGUCGAGGGGGUAAAAUUACAGGCUAUGAUCAGGUCUCCCACCUAUAUAAUCUCCGAUAUGCUGGAGCCAAGUAA